AUGUUCAGGUUCCUAGUCCUUGCAGCUUGUGUCCUUCUGGGACAAUGCUCUGAAAUGUACUUAGAAGAAAUGGAACGGGUUGUUGGUGGAACCGAAGUAUCGCGCAAUGCUUGGCCUUGGCAGAUCUCUCUGCAGUACAUGUCUGGUAGCAGCUGGUACCACACCUGUGGGGGCUCCCUGAUCCAGCCACGCUGGGUAAUGACCGCAGCCCACUGCGUAGACAGGAGCUAUAGCUUCCGGGUGGCAGUUGGGGACCAUAACAUCUACGAGAAUGAUGGAACUGAGGCCUACAUCGCUGUGAACGCCAAAUUCAUCCAUGCAAACUGGAAUACUAAUAAUGUAGCUGCCGGUUAUGACAUCGCCCUGCUGCGUCUUGCAUCAAAUGCAGUCCUGAAUAGCUAUGUCCAGCUUGCUGCUCUGCCCAGUAAUGGUGAAAUCCUGUCUCACAACCAUCCAUGUAUUAUCACAGGAUGGGGAUACACUCGCUCUGGUGGGCAGGUUUCUGCCACCCUUCAACAAGCUCCUCUCCCUGUUGUGGACCAUGUCACCUGUUCCAGCAGCUCUUGGUGGGGUAGCACUGUGAAGUCAACCAUGGUGUGUGCUGGUGGGAAUGGUGCACAGGCCGGCUGUCAGGGAGACUCUGGUGGCCCUCUGAACUGCUAUGUUAACGGCAGGUACUAUGUCCAUGGUGUGACCAGCUUUGUGUCUGCCAGUGGCUGCAACACUUACAUGAAGCCAACAGUGUUCACCAGAGUAUCUGCCUACAUCAGCUGGAUUAAUAAUAUCAUUGCCAAUAACUGAGGUGUGACUUUGCAAAAUGACUGAAAGCUGUGCUCAUCUGAAAUGACUGAUUUGUUUUUUUAAUGAGUACUACAACAUGGUGUUAAUUAUGCUGAAGGAAACAACAACAGCAAAUAAAGAUAUGCUUUAAAA